UCAGGUAUGUUUACUCAAUCGCAGUUCGAAAGAGGACCAAUUUCUUCUUCCAUCACUAACAUUUUCCACCAUUGUUGCAACUCAAAGAAUCUCAGAGCCAUUAAAGUAUUUCAAGCACACCUAAUUAGAACUGGGUUAAUCUUCAUCUCCCCUAAUUUUCAGUUCAAACUUGCAACUUCACUUCCCAACAACAACAACUACCAUCUUCAGACCUUAACCAAUUUCUUCAAAUUCCUCAAACCCAGAAAUCCUUUGUUCUUAAAUUCAAUCCUUUCCCAUUUUUCCCAAAAUGGGUUUCAUUCUCUUGCUCUUCGUACAUUCUCUUUCAUGCAUUUUGGUGGAAUUGACAUUGAUUCAUACACGUUGUGUAGCUCCAUUACAGCUUCAUCUGCUGUGAAAGAUGUGAAAUUUGGGCAAAUGAUUCAUACCCUUGUUCGGAAAUCGGGUUGGUUUUCUAGUGUUUAUGUGGGGUGUGCUUUAGUGGAUUUGUAUGCGAAGUCGUUGUGUAUCAAGAAUGCAGCUAAGAUGUUCGAUGAAAUUCCUGUGAAGAAUACAGUGUGCGUGAAUGCAAUUCUUUCAGGUUAUUCUGAAGCUAAGAUGUGGAUGGAGGGACUGGCAUUGGUGAGGAAGAUGCCAUGUUUAAAUUUAUGUUUGGAUAAUUUCACUUUUUCAGCUGCUUUGCGUGCUUGCGUUGGGCUCUCUGCAUUUGAAUUGGGUAAGCAGGUUCAUGGAUGUGUUAUUCGAAAAGUUCAUGACAUGGAAUCUGAUGUGUUUCUUCAAAGCUUGUUGAUUGAAAUGUAUGGCAAAUGUGGGUCAGUGGAGAAGGCUAGGCAUGUUUUCGACAUGAUUGGCUUUAGAUGUGGAGAAAGAAAGAGGGAUGUUGUUCUGUGGACAUCAAUGCUUGGUGUUUGUGGAAGAAAUGGGAAAUUUAAUGAAGCGAUUAGUCUGUUUAAUGACAUGGUAAUGGAAGGAAUCAAACCAGAUGGUGUAGCAUUAUUGACUGUUCUCUCCGCUUGUAGUCACACUGGCCAUGUAAAUCUUGGAAUGCAGUACUUCGAAUCAAUGACAUCUAAUUACAGUUUGGAACCCAGUCCCGAGCACUAUAGUUGUGUGAUUGAUUUACUGUGUCGUGCAGGUGAGUUGGAUAGAGCAUGGAGCUUAAUCAACGACCUAUCUUACAAAGAGAAUGAUAAUUUCACUGUUACCAUGUGGGGGGCCUUGCUUAGUGCCUGCCAUAACUUUGACAAUGUCGAACUAGGUAAAUUAGCUGCUCAAAGGGCACUGGAUUUAGACCCUCAAAAUGACGGCGUUUAUGUUCUGCUAUCGAACAUGUAUGCGAGGAAUGGUAUGUGGAAUGAAAUUGAGAUGUUGAGGGAACAGAUAAAAGAGAAGGGAUUAAAGAAAGACAUAGGACAUAGUUUGGUAGAUAUCACUAGAUGAGAUAAAGGCAAUGAUAAAAAAUAAGCCACAUUCUUCUUCUCAUGGAUUCGUUUAGUUAAAAGAAAUGGUUUAUGAGGUAUGGCACAAACUGUGAGGGUCCUUGUUGAUUUCCAUUUUGUAUGAUACAUAUCUAAAGUGAUUAGAGUAUACUGUUAGCGCAGUUAUGAUGUUCAAGAUGGCUCCAUUAUGAUUUGGUGCAUACUGUAAGCACAGUUAUGAUGUCCAAGGGGGCUCACACAUGGGAGUGCUGCUACAAGUCUGUAGCUCAAAUUAGAUUGUUGAAAGACCAUGCUUCAAUGUAGACUUGUUUCUUGAAUGUGCAGCGGCAGAGCAAUUAGGGCAGUAGAAUGCUGAGGAAUAACCUUUUCAAAUCCAAAUAUUCCAGGACAAGGAAACCAAAUAUAUUCAUCAAAUUGACAUUAAGCUAAACAAGGAACUUCUAUGGCAGAAGAGUGCCUCUUCCAUCUCAAGAAAGAGCUACCUGAGAGAAAUCUCAGUUUUCAUUGAAGCUCUUAAAUUUUCUGUUGGACUUGAGGUGGGAUGAACCAAAUUCUUAUAUGUGAAGUGACAAUGGAGAAAGAGGGCUGGGACAUGACUUUGAAAUGCUUGGGCUUAAUGAGCAAUGUAAGGAGAGUUCUACUUGCAAUGAAACA